GCUUUUCUUGACCUCCAAUCCCUCCUUUUUCCAUCAAACACUCCACUCAAUUCAUCUUCAUUCCCCCCGAAACAGGUCGCCAGUCAAGGACAAUACCGUCAAGAUGGCAAAGGGAGAUGUCAACCAGGCCGAGAAGUCCUUCAUGGGCAUGCCCGGCUUCGUCGUCGACUUCUUGAUGGGUGGUGUUUCUGCCGCCGUCUCGAAGACUGCUGCUGCUCCAAUUGAGCGUAUCAAGCUCCUCAUUCAAAACCAGGAUGAGAUGAUCAAGUCAGGUCGUCUCGCCCGCCCGUACAAUGGUAUCGUGGACUGCUUCCGUCGUACUACUGCCGAUGAGGGUGUUGUCGCUCUCUGGCGAGGAAACACUGCCAACGUCAUCCGUUACUUCCCAACACAGGCCCUGAACUUCGCUUUCCGCGAUACCUUCAAGUCCAUGUUCGGCUACAAGAAGGAGCGUGAUGGAUACGCCUGGUGGAUGGUUGGUAACCUUGCCUCUGGUGGUAUGGCUGGUGCUACCUCCCUUCUCUUCGUCUACUCCCUCGACUACGCCCGUACCCGUCUUGCCAACGACGCCAAGAACUCCAAGAAUGGUGGAGAACGUCAAUUCAACGGUCUCAUCGAUGUCUACAAGAAGACCCUCGCCUCUGACGGUAUCCUCGGUCUCUACCGUGGUUUCGGUCCUUCCGUUGCUGGUAUCGUCGUCUACCGUGGUCUCUACUUCGGUAUGUACGACUCGCUCAAGCCUGUCGUCCUCACUGGUGCUCUCGAGGGUAACUUCCUGGCCUCUUUCCUCCUUGGUUGGUCUGUCACCACCGGUGCUGGUAUCGCUUCCUACCCACUCGACACUGUUCGCCGUCGUAUGAUGAUGACUUCUGGCGAGGCCGUCAAGUACAAGUCCUCGUUCGAUGCCGCCAGCCAGAUCAUUGCCAAGGAAGGUGUCAAGUCGCUGUUCAAGGGUGCUGGUGCCAACAUCCUCCGUGGUGUCGCCGGUGCUGGUGUGCUCUCCAUCUACGACCAGAUGCAGGUCCUCAUGUUCGGCAAGAAGUUCAAAUAAGCGACUCGCCCCAAGAGUUGGGCUUUCCGAUCUUCCAGAAAUGGCUACAAGAUGACAAAAGGAAUGAUCUGCAUGCCACUACGAUUGCAGAAAGAAGAAAAGAAGACGAGUGCGUUGUCACUCUACCGGAGUGGUUCGGGCGGGAAGGUGGAAGCAUGAAGCUUUGCGUUGCGUUUCCACAGAAGAGCGCAGAGCAUGUACCUUUAUUCCGGCCUGGGCAACACCCUGACUGUAUUACAAUUGGUUCUGUACUGAAGGCGUAUAGAUUCCUGUCUGUGUCCCCGAUCCCUUCGUCC